UUUCCCUAAGGUCGCCUCCGCAGGUGAAGAAGAAACCUGAUUCCUCAGCGUAGUGAGCGAAAUGAGGUUUGGAACCCUGAGAAACAUCAUUCAACCACUCUCCAGAACCCUACAAUGCCACACUUUCGUCUCUUCUGCAACGAACCCGUUGCGAAUUGCACCUCUCGAGCCCGUUCCCCAGCUCCUGUAUGGCGGUAGCUCGCUGCCAAAGCAGCUGCUGACUCCAUGGAAUCAAGCGUUUUCUCACUUGCACAGCUUGACCGAUCCGCGAUAUCCCAAGAGAAGGCCUGUUGACAAGCCCCGUCGCAAAAGGGCCACCUUGAGACCCCCGGGUCCAUAUGCAUGGGUUCAGUAUGUUCCAGGUGAACCCAUACUUCCAAAUAGGCCCAACGAAGGAAGCAUCAAGAGAAGGAACGAAAAAAAGCGCAUCAAGCAGCGCCAUGCUUUUAUAGUGGCCGAACGGAAGAAAAGAAAAGCUCAAAUGCAAGAGGCUAAUAGAAAGAAAGUCAAUGCACGGGUAGAGAGAAAGAUGGCUGCAGUGGCAAGGGACAGAGCAUGGGCACAGAGGUUAGCUGAGCUGCAGCAACUUGAAGAAGAGAAGAAGUCCAUGUCUGAUACUUAGCUUGCUUGGUCUGUCAAGCAGAUAAUGACUGCUGCUAAAUUUUUUCCCCUCUUUGGUGUGUCAUAGUUAAAACUGUCAUUGCGGGAGCACCUCUUUAGGUUUUCCUCUUGGUCAGGUGAGUUAUGUAGACUACUAAAUUUUGAUUUAUUCUCAUCAUGUUUUGAGUACCUCAUGCCAAGUAGCUUAUGUGGCAAAACCAACUCUUAGCGCAUGUGUAUGACGGUUGGAUAGUUGAUGCUGGAGCAAUCUUCAUUAUUUUGUUGGAGUCUCAGUUGAUGAGAUAUGA